CAGGUCGCAGCGCGGUGAAAGGUCGGCGCGGCUAGGACCAUAGGGUCCCUCAGUGCGCUAAUCCUCUAACCCCGAGAGCUAUAUCAACCCCGUAGCCCAUGCCAAACGCCUCGACACUGGAACUCAACCCAAAAGAAGUGUUCGGAUGCGUAGCACCAUCCGGUGAUCUUUUGGGAACUGCAACUCGUAAAGCCCAACAUCACCAAGCUCCAUUUCACAGACCCGCCGCCCUUCCCCCACGACACCCAACCAUACCAUCUCGUCGCUUCUACCCACUGCAGCAUUCACAAUGGCGCCGAAGCGGAAGACCGGUGCUAUUUCCGAGUCGAAUGGAGACAGCGGACGCAGCAUGCGCCAAAGCACUCGCAAACAGACCCAGACGUCCGACGAGAUGGUCCCUCGACGUGUCAUGCCGCCGAAGCCGAGGACUCCGCCCGAGAAGCGCACUAAGCCUACGUCGGAGAGGCUGCAGUCGGUGGAUGAGUUCUCCGAGUCGCGGUUCCUCAAACUUCCACGCGAGCUGCGAGACGAAAUUUAUCACCAACUCUGGAGUGCUGGUCCUAGGAUCACGCAGCGCUACGAUGGCAGGUAUUAUGCCGUGUCGUACCAGCGGGACUCACUGCUCUCUACACAACUCCCUCCUAAUGCGACGCACCCAUGGUUGCUUACAAACAAGCAAAUCCUGCACGAAGGCGUCCAGCAACUACACCAGCACUCAACAUGGUACUUCGACGACACGAGUCAGACCCUGAAGUCCGAGUACAGAUUCCCUCUCAUCACCCCAUCCCAGGUCCGCGGCCUUCACUUGGACAUUCGACUCUUCCCGUGGCUCGUCGUCAAGGAUUGGGGCGAGCGGACCGCUCUGGACUCGAGAACAAUGGCAGUCGUCAAUCGCAUGGUGGACUCAAUGUCCGAGGACUCGAAUAUCCAGCAAAUCAACAUCACAAUUUGGACCGAGUGGAGCUAUCUCGUUCAUAGGUACCUCAACUGGCAGUAUGCUACACCAGAUUUGUCGGACUUCGAGCGCUUGACUGCGCAUACCAAACUCAGGCGUGUGGAAAUCAGUAUUAAUUUGAAGAGUAAGAACGUGCUGGGUAGUCCUUCGGCUGAUCAGUUCAAAGAAGAGAUCUUACGCGUCGGAAACGCGCUAGUCAAGGGAGGAACCGACAAGGAAGAUAUCUAUACCGAGACGGUUCCUUGCGCGUUGAGCGGAAGCGAGAUCAUACUUGAGCAUACGUAUCUGUGGUGGAAGUAUGAAAUCGCGAAGCCUUGAUCACUUUCCGGGUGGCAAUACGUCGUUGGAUGGACUGUGAUGUGAUUCUAGGAGGUGGUACGUAGCUUCCUUUCUCAUUGUCGUCAUGGCCCGGAUCAUCUACAGAAUAUAGUUGUUCUUCGGUAGGGAAAAU